CUUUAAAAGUGCUGAAUAUAGAGGUGUUGUUUUGCUGAGUGUGCACUGCCACCGCCGCUGCCAUGCCGUUAUCGCCGCGCUUGUGUUGCCGCUUGUUCCCGUUGUGCUACGCUGCCGCUGCGUUGUCUUGCUCAGCCGAACUCACGGCAACGCCGUUGCCGUUUAAAGGGCAGCAGCCUGGUAGUGCUGAAUCAUCACGAUCCAGUCGUUAUCCAGACCUGCACAUACGGUUCCGAGAGACCAGGUCUGUUCGAGCGGACCGUCACGCCGACCGACCAAACGGGGAUUUCAUACUAACACAGACAAAGGGGGUGUAGGCUACGCUUCGUUGCGUACGGCUGUCAAGCUUAAAAAAGAAGCCAUGUGUCGGAAUUAGAAGACCGUGCGGGGAGUCUGAAUGCAAGUCGGCUUUCGUUACCGUUGGUAUGGCCGGGGAUUCCCUUGUUUUUUGGCUACUAAAUGGCUAGCUAGAUAUUUAGAAAGGGGAACGUAAGGAGAGCUAGGGAUAACCUUAAGGUAGAGCAACAACUUAGGAGAGCGGAAACCUUCGGAAACAACACGUAUAACCUCAACGUUAGCUCCGACUGUCCUCUCUUCGGGGUGCUGAAGCGACAGCGGUGGACACAAACUGGAAGAUUCCCGCUGUCGCUUCACAAACCCGUUCUUGUGUUGCUUCUUUACAGGUCUGUUCAGAAGAGCAAGGCACUUGUGGCAUGACGACGACUAACAAAGGAAAUAAAGCCUUGAAGGUGAAGCGUGAGCCGGGGGAGAAUGGCACCAGCCUCACAGACGACGAGCUGGUGACCAUGUCAGUGCGGGAGCUGAACCAGCACCUUAGAGGGCUCACCAAAGAAGAGAUCCUGCAACUGAAACAACGGCGGCGCACCCUAAAGAACCGGGGCUACGCUGCCAGCUGCCGGGUGAAGCGAGUCACUCAGAAGGAGGAGCUGGAGAAGCAGAAGACCCAGCUGCAGCAGGAGGUGGACAAACUGGCCAAUGAGAAUGCUUCGAUGCGUGUGGAGCUGGACGCUCUGAGGUCUAAGUACGAGGCGUUACAGACCUUUGCCAGGACUGUGGCAAGGAGCCCCACUGUCGGGGUUGGGGUGAGGGCUGGGGUGGCAGGAGGAGGGGGAGGUAUGGCGUCAUCAGUCAUCGGCCCACUCAUACCGGGUAAGAUGGCAACAGCGACGAGUGUGAUUACAAUAGUGAAGUCAAAAACAGAUGCACGGUCUUGAGGGAGGGGAAGAUAGAUGAGGGUGUCGGGAUGGAGUUCAGCUGCAACAGAGUAAUUCUUCUCUGCUGGCCACCCCUCCUCCACCUGCACUGACAGCUGGGCAGUCUUGAUCACAUCACCUCUGCAUGUGCCCGUCACCUGUCUCAGUUCAGUGCAGGUGAAGGAAAGGAUGGAAGCAGAGGAAGUUUAUUGAGACUAUAAAGAUGUAAGUCCUCGGUCAGCGCCUGAUCAUUUAGCACAGGACAGACACACAGGGUUCCUACGGUCACUGAAAGCCUAGAUAAGUCAAAGAAUUAUUUGAGAUUAAUUUUGUUCCAGGCCAGCAGGGGGGGAAAAAAACGAAAAAAAGUCAAUCACUUUGGAAAAAUCAGUGUUCAAUGUCAAGUUUUACUGCUGGUAGAUCAAGAUAUUUGUAAGUGUGUAAAUAUUUAAAGUGGACGAUUGCCCAAAACAAGAUGUAAAACAUUUAAAUUCGCUACACCAACAAAAUAUAUUGUAACACGUGCAUUACAUAUGUAAUUGAAUCAGAAAGAAGGUAUUAUUGUGUUAGUUAUAGCAGUCAUCUAAUCAGAUGGACACAAAGAGUGUUGGGUCCCUGAGUUCCAAAUGAAUCCACCAGAUUUAAUGUGCCCUGCUGAUUUCAGUGGCUGAAGAGAAGUCCCAUCAUGCUCCACCGUAGCCAAGAACCUUUUCAGAAAAGUACUAUAGAAAAACAUAUAUUACACAAUGGUGGUAAAUGUAUUUCAAAUGUUUUGUACUGUGUUGUCAUUCACAUGAGGUCCAAAGUGUAUUCUCUGUGUGUCAAUUGUUAUAUAUCAGGAAUUCUGUGAAAUUCUGUGGCGCGUGUUCGUUUUGGUAUGACUAUAUUUAGUUAGCUGUAUUUUUACUACGGUCUCUUCACUUUCUCUGUCCAGCUCUCUUUCUCUCGUCUAUUCUUUCUCUGUCCUUCCAUUUUUUAAUUCUGGCUGGUUUCCAUCAUUACACACAGUACUUCCUGGAUCUAACAGAAAGAGGUGGGAUAAAGCAAUUGAUAUUUACCAAAAAUCAAACACAACAUACUAUAGAGAGAAAAGGAGAUAAAGUUAGUAUAUUUGUAGGAAUCUUCAGGGAAAUGGUCUUUUGAACACCAGAGCUAAAUUAAGAGAAAGUUGUCUUCUGUCUGUUUGAGGUCCUCUAAGUAUAUUCACGAAAAUCGGAAGGGCAAGUGCCUUGGUCUCCUAAAGAUAUGCAUCAAGAAGAAGUAGAGAGGACGUUGGGAAUUGUGGAAGGACGGUGAAGGUUCAAUGCAGGUGUUUGCUUAUACCUGUGCUAAAUGUGAAACACUGACCAAUCAGGAAUCAGGUUGUGACAGCAUUUAACUCUGGCUGUGUGUUGUUGUAUGAGCUGUGUAGUAGCAGGAUUAAUUAUAUUAAUAACACCCAUUUAUGUGACUUGGCAGUUUAUUUAUUUAAAGAAAACAAACAAAAAGGGUUUGUAAAACAGCUCCAUGUCCUUGCACAGAACAUGCUUUAGAAAGUUGAUGUUCUGUUGAGUAAAAGUCCAUCUUUCUGUUUUCUGUUAAUGACUUGGUUUGCAUAUUUAUGAAUUUAAUUGGCUACUGACUCAGAUAUCUAGGUAAUUACACCUACAGCAACAUUAUUGCCUCAAUUUAAAGUGGUUUAAGUUGCAUUCAUCUUGCUUUUAACCACAAAGCUCACUUUGCAAGUGCUAGGGUGAUAACUGACAAUGCAGUCAGCCCGCAAGGACAGCAAAGAUAUUUCUCCAAAUUUCCAGUCACACAAAUGGGAUGUCAUUUCACACGAGUUUUACCAUAAAAAAGUAGUCUUACGUGGUGUUCUAUACUCCAAGAAUCUGUAUCUGUAUGGUAGAGUCUGGAAUUUUAUAAAGACAAUUAUCUUUGCAUUGUUUGUAAUGACCU